AUGAAGCAAAGAUUUUCAUCGUUGGAUGUCAAGGUAAUCGCCCACGAGCUCAAUCAGAGCUUGGUGACGCUACGUCUAGCCAACGUGUACGACCUUUCCUCAAAAAUCCUCCUUUUCAAAUUCGCCAAGCCCGAUAAUAAGAAGCAAUUGGUUGUUGACGCUGGAUUCCGCUGCCACUUGACGGAAUUCGCGCGAACCACAGCGGCUGCUCCAUCAGCGUUUGUCGCUCGACUUAGGAAGCUCCUGAAAACGAGACGAUUAACUUCAGUUUCGCAAAUUGGCACUGACAGAAUUAUCGAAUUUCAAUUCAGUGACGGCCAGUACAGGCUUUUCCUAGAGUUCUUUGCGAGCGGUAACAUAAUUUUGACCGAUGCCGACUUGAAAAUUUUGAGCCUCGCCCGAAAUGUCCCGGCAGGAGAAGGUCAGGAAGCUCAACGCGUUGGCCUGCAAUAUUCACUCGAGAAUCGACAAAAUUUCCACGGUAUCCCCCCUCUAACUAGGGAGAGGGUGCAAGCGGCCUUGAGGUCGGCGGCUGACAAAGCUGCCGCUCCUUCGGCGGCCAAAAAGUUGAAAGCGAAGCCAGGAGGGGAUUUGCGAAAAAGUUUGGCCGUAUCUGUCACCGAACUCCCUCCGGUACUCGUCGACCAUGUCCUACAAUCCAACGACUUUGAUACAACUGUGAAUCCCGUCGAAAUACUUGAAAACAAUGUACUGCUAGAUGAGCUCGUCAAGCUCUUGUCAGAAGCCAAAUCUUCUGUUGAGAAUAUAACCAGCUCUGAAACAUGCGCCGGCUUCAUCUUUGCCAAACGACGAGGUGGUAUCCCCGUUGAGGAAGCCCAAGGCGGCGAGGUAGCGACAAAUCGCGACGUACUACUUUAUGAAGAUUUCCAUCCGUUCAUCCCUCACAAAUUUCAAAAAGACACAAGCAUAAAAACGUUAGAGUUCAAAGGCUAUAAUCAAACAGUGGAUGAGUACUUCUCGUCACUAGAGGGGCAGAAGCUAGAGACAAGGGUCAACGAGCGAGAAGCAGCGGCAAAGAGAAAGCUUGACGCAGCCAGGGCAGACCAGGCCAGGAGAAUUGAGGGCCUACAAGAUGCCCAGGCAUUGAACAUGCGCAAAGCGGCUGCUAUCGAGGCAAAUGUGGAGUGGGUACAAGAAGCCAUGGAUGCCAUCAAUGGCCUACUGGCCCAGGGCAUGGACUGGAUAGAUAUUGGAAAGCUUGUUGAGCGAGAGAAGAAGCACAAGAACCCUUUGGCGGGCAUUAUUGUCCUUCCGCUUAACCUCGGCGAAAACUCGAUUACGCUCAACCUUGCCGAAGAAGAAGAAGAGGAGAAGGAUGAGGAGGAAGGUGAGGAGGAAGCGAAUCCAUUUGAGACAGAUGACAGCGAUUCCGAAGAGGAAAAACAUGCCAGCACCAUCUCAAAAGAGGCAGAGAAGCCGGUCAAGGGCUUAAAUAUUGAAAUCAAUCUGAAGCUGAGCCCGUGGAGUAAUGCCCGAGAGUACUACGAACAGCGGCGGACAGCAGUUGUGAAGGAAGAGAGGACGCAACAGCAGGCAUCCCGGGCCCUAAAAAAUGCAGAGCAGAAGAUUGCGCAAGAUUUGAAGAAAGGCCUCAAGCAGGAAAAGGCUCUUCUACAGCCCAUCAGGAGACUGUUGUGGUUCGAAAAGUUCCUCUGGUUUAUCUCCUCAGACGGUUAUCUUGUUCUGGGCGGCAAAGAUGCCCACCAAAAUGAAAUAUUGUACAAGAGGUAUCUUCGAAAGGGUGACGUAUAUUGUCACGCUGACCUGAGAGGAGCAGCAAGUGUCAUCAUCAAGAAUGACCCAAGCAGCCCCGAUGCACCCAUACCUCCGGCAACGUUGGCACAGGCAGGUAACCUUUCGGUAUGCGCAUCUGAAGCAUGGGACCAAAAAGCAGGUAUGGGGGCAUGGUGGGUUAAAGCGGACCAAGUUUCCAAGUCGGCACCCACAGGGGAAUUCUUGCCAACCGGAAGUUUCACGGUGCGAGGACAGAAGAACUAUCUGGCUCCGGCACAGCUUAUACUCGGUCUUGGGAUCAUGUUUAAGAUUACCGAAGAAAGUAAAGCGAGACAUGUCAAACACAGAAUACACGAUGUUGACCCAGGUUUGGGCUCGGACAUGGCGAGGGAACGCAACGACAAGCCAAGCAUAGCGUCGGUGGCAGACUUCCGGGAGAAGGAACCAGAAGACGACGUAUCUCAGUCCGACAAUGACAGUGAUGACGGCCAAGAAGAGGAGAAUGCUCGCGCAAACCCAUUGCAGACCCCUGGUGGUGCGGAAGACGACGAGGUCGAAGAAACCGCAGGCGCAGCAUCCUCCUUGAAUCUCACAGAGCAGCCAGCUGAUGAGGGCGGUAGCCAGGAGGAGGCUGCAGAAACUGGCACGAGCCGCGAUGAGCCGAAUCUAGCAGUCGGGACAGAUGUGUCCGAAGCACCUACCAGGACAUGGAACCCCACGACACAAACCGGCGGCGCGCGGUCCUCACACUCCAAGAAAGGGCCACCCAAGCGCGGCCAAAAAGGCAAAGCGAAAAAAGCUGCUCUCAAGUACAAGGACCAGGACGAGGAGGACCGCGCCGCCGCCGAAACACUGAUUGGCGCAACCGCGGGUCAGAAACGGCAAGAGGCAGAGGCCAAGGCCAAGGCGGAUAGGCAAGCCGAACUAGAAGCGGCCAGAGAACGGCGCCGCGCCCAACACGAGCGACGGCAGAAAGAGAUUGCGGGCCACGAAGAGAUCAGACGAGUCAUGAUGGAGGAAGGCAUCGACGUGCUCGACGCGGACGAGGCGGAGAAGGCCACUCCCCUCGAUGCUCUAGUCGGCACCCCUUUGCCGGGCGACGAGAUUCUCGAAGCCGUACCCGUGUGUGCUCCGUGGAACGCCCUCGGAAAAUUCAAGUACAAGGCCAAGAUGCAGCCCGGCGCCGUCAAGAAGGGCAAGGCCACCAAGGAAAUCAUGGAGCGCUGGAAAGCGGAUUCCGGCAAAAAGGGCGCCGUGGACGAGUCCUCCCUCGAUUCGGAGAAGAUGUGGCCCCGUGAGGUAGAACUGAUCAAGGGCAUGAAGGUGGAGGAGAUUGUAAACUGCGUCCCCGCAGGCAAGGUGAGGGUCAUGAUGGCUGGCGGCAGUGGCGGCGGCGGCGGCGGCGGCCGAGGCAAAGGCAGCAAGGGAAAGGCAAAGAAGUAG